AUGGGAUUUUGGGAGGAUAACAAAGGUUCUAUUACCUCAGGGCUGAAGAGCGCUGGAAAGUAUGGUUACCAAGGAACUAAAUUCGUCGCCAAGUCAGGAUACAAGGCAGGAAAGAAACACUAUAAUACUAGUAAAUCGCAAAGGGAAAAGAAAAAUGGCAAAAACAAAAGUGAUGAAGAGAUCGAAAGUGACGAAGAAGAAUACGAAAGAAAACCGGCCGAUAUAAGAACUUUGAAAAACCCGAACUCUUUCCCUCCUCCACCUUUAAAAGCUGGACAGAGAACGUAUACAGGACAGCAACAGCAGCAGCAAAUGCCAGGCGAAGAAUCCUAUGGUGCUUCUCAAGCAGCAUAUCAAGCUCAACCUGGGGUUUCUCCAAUGGGGCAGUCACAAUAUGCGCAGCCACAAUACGCGCAGUAUCCACAACAGCAACAAGCUCCGGUGGCACAGCAGACGCCUACAUAUGGACCUCAAGGGCAACAAGUGCCGCCGUAUGGAUCAUAUUCUAAUUCGACUAGUUUCCAGUCUUUGCCGCAGCAGAAUCAACCUCAAAAUCCAAUUCAAAGUCAAACAUCCUUGAACUCUGGGUCCCAGCAAAACACAGGUUUUCCCGCACAAAGCCCAGGGUAUGGAUAUCCUCAGUUAGCUAGUCCAACACAACCACAACCACUGCUGCCUCAAAACAAUAAUCAGUAUCAACAGCAGCAGCAGCAGCAGUCCCCACAGAAUCCAGCUAUUCAGUAUGGGUCGCAAGGCCUACCCAAUUAUGGACAGCCCCAAUAUCCUUCGAAUCCACAGCAAGUGGGUCAGUCACAGCAGCAGCCACCAUCACAGUUUGGUCAACAGGUCUUACCGCCGCCUGUACAACAACAGCAGCAUCAAUUCCAACCCCAGGCCGGUCAACCAGGCUUGCAAACCCCUGGACAGUCUUCUUUUAAUGCCUUUGGUCAACAACAACAACAACAACAACAACAACAACAACAACAACAGCCCCUAAAUCAAAACACUGUUUCAGGACCAUAUAGUAAUAAUGAAUUCAAUUCAGCAAGUGCGUACGGCCAACCUAUGCCAAACAGCAUAAACAUGCAAGGAACAAACCAAAAUUAUGGAGCCCCACCCAUGCAGAGUCAACCCCCAAUCGGUGGACAGCCAGCUAUACCUGAGAGGAUGCAACCGCAACCGCAAGCACUUCCACCAAGAAAUGCUUACCAGGCCGAACCAUCCAUUGAUUCCUCCCAAUCCACUCCUCAUUUUGAAGUCGCACCGUAUGAUCCUGAUGCACCUGCUCCUAGGCCUAAAAUUGACAUGCCUAUAGUGGAUGUUAGUAACCUUCCUCCGCCUCCUACGCAUAGAGAUAGAGGAGCAACUGUAAAACGAGAAUCGACACCAAGUGUCGGAAGCUUACCAGACACUAAUAAGAAAACUCUGCCAAGCGUGACUUCUUCGCCUGCAAUUUCAUUGUUACAAAAGAACCCAGAGCCUAUUGCCAUAAGCAAUGGGCCUGAGCCUAUUGUCAUGAGCAAUGAGCCAGAUCCUGCUGUCAUGACUAAUGAGCCAGAGCCUACUAAGGAGCCAGAUUCUAGCGCCAAACAAAGUGAAGAGAAUACUACUAAGCCUUCCAUUUUAGGACAUUAUGAUGUUCAAGUAAACUUUGCUCCACCUCCGAAACCUUUUAGACAUAAGCCUAAUUCCGAACCUUCUGACCAUUCCCGGAAACUUUUUACCCCAGAACAAAAAGCACCACAACUUCCUUCUCGAAAUAAUUCCGAACUUUCUGACCAACCAUCACGGACAAAGUCUAACUCCACCGAACCAGUGUCACCAGCAAGCUCAGGGGGAGUACAUGAAGCUCCUAUUUCUAAUUUUCUGCCUCCACCGAAACCGUUCAGACACACUGAAAACCAACAAGGCCAAGGUGCUGGAUUGCCGUCUUUCAAAAAGAAGAAUGACAUUUCACAAACACCCUUUCGCGAGCAAAUUGAAAAUGUCAAACCGCCAUUGCAGCCUAAAUCAGACUCUCGAUUUCAACCUCGAUCCAGACCAGUUCUCAUGGAGACACAGUCUAUUGAAAGCUUUCAACCGCCACCAAAGCCAUUUAGACGUCCACAACAAGAACGGUCAUUUUCUAGUGAUAAUGACAGUACUACUGAUAAUGACAGCGCCAAUAGAGUUGACGAGAGCGAAGCGAAUAACAGUCGUGGUCGUGGUCGUAUAGUAAAGCAUGAUGGUGCUCAUGAUGCACAUGAUGCUCAUGCUAGAUACAAAAGUGAGAAUUCUGAUGAAAAAGAUCAUGAUGAGUAUUCUCAGAAUACGUCCGCUGGAUUUGGAAGAAAAAAGGUCUCAGCACCUCCACCUCCACCUCCACACAAGCCCCAGAGAUUAGGUGAGGCAGCUGUAGCAACGGAAAUUAAGAAUGUCAAAGGCUUAAAUACCCAUGAAAAGUCACCGUUUUCACCCCCUGCGGUCAGCUUGCCUUCAAGACCUCCUAUGCAAGCGUCAGAAUCUAUUAAGAAAGCACCUCCACCUGUUGUGAAACCCAAACCUAAGACUCUCUCUUUGAAGAAUAAUGAGCCUCCAAAAGAAUUGGUCAGGAAAAACACCGCAGAUUUGGUAAAGGGGGCUGGGCAAGAUGAAAAGUUGAAUAGCAUUACAAAUGAAUUAUCUCAGUUUAAAUUGAGGAAAACGAAUGUAAAUUUGGAAGAUUUGGGUAACUCAAAAAAACUGAAAGAAUCGAGUCCGAUUGAUUCAGAUCUGGAUGAGAACUAUGUUUCUGCAUCGGGAUCUGUUUCCCCACCAAGGCCACCGCCUUCGAGGUCGAGCGCUAUCAAGGUUCCACCGCUUGUUCUAAAGAAGAAUGACAAUUUGAAGAAAAAGCCACCAAUUGUUCCUAAGAAAAAGUCAUUGCUAACAGCCCUUGAACCGAGACCCAUCGGCAUGGAAAAAGCUGGCUCAUUGGACAAUUCUGAUGACAGUGAUGAUUUGAAUCCCUUUGAGAGAUAUAAACGAAACGUUGUUCCUCAAGAAGAAGACAGACUGCAUAAGCAAAAAUAA